GCUAACAGACGGGCUAACAGACGGGCUAACAUACAGGCUAAAAGACAGGCUAACAGACAUGCUAACAUACGGGCUAACAGACGGGCUAACAGGCGGGUUAACAUUCGGGCUAACAUACAGGCUAACAGAUGGGCUAACAGGCGGGCUAACAGACGGGCUAACAUUCAGGCUAACAGACGGGCUAACAGACGGGCUAACAUAAAGUCUAACAUAAAGGCUAACAUACAGGCUAACAGACGGGCUAACAUAAAGGCUAACAGACGGGCUGACAGACGGGCUGACAGACGGGCUGACAGACGGGCUAACAUUCAGGCUAACAGACGGGCUAACAUUCAGGCUAACAGACGGGCUAACAGACGGGCUAACAGACGGGCUAACAGACGGGCUAACAGAUGGGCUAACAGACGGGCUAACAGGCGGGUUAACAUUCGGGCUAACAUACAGGCUAACAGAUGGGCUAACAGGCGGGCUAACAGACGGGCUAACAUUCAGGCUAACAGACGGGCUAACAGACGGGCUAACAUAAAGUCUAACAUAAAGGCUAACAUACGGGCUAACAGACGGGCUAACAGACGGGCUAACAUAAAGGCUGACAGACGGGCUGACAGACGGGCUAACAUUCAGGCUAACAGACGGGCUAACAUUCAGGCUAACAGACGGGCUAACAGACGCGCUAACAGACGGGCUAACAUAAAAGCUAACAUAAAGCUAACAUAAAGGCUAACAGACGGGCUAACAGACGGGCUAACAGACAGGCUAACAUUCAGGCUAACAGACGGGCUAACAGACAGGCUAACAGAUGGGCUAACAGACGGACUAACAUACAGGAUAACAGACGGGCUAACAUUCAGGCUAACAGACGGGCUAACAGACAGGCUAACAUUCAGGCUAACACAUGGGCUAACAGACGGACUAACAGACAGGCUAACAUUCAGGCUAACAGACGGGCUAACAUAAAAGCUAACAUAAAAGCUAACAGACGGGCUAACAGACGGGCUAACAGACGGGCUAACAUAAAGGCUAACAGACGGGCUGACAGACGGGCUGACAGACGGGCUAACAUUCAGGCUAACAGACGGGCUAACAGACGGCUGACAGACGGGCUAACAGACAGGCUAACAUUCAGGCUAACAGACGCGCUAACAGAUGGGCUAACAUAAAAGCUAACAUAAAGGCUAACAGACGGGCUGACAGACGGGCUAACAUUCAGGCUAACAGACGGGCUAACAUUCAGGCUAACAGACGGGCUAACAGACGCGCUAACAGACGGGCUAACAUAAAAGCUAACAUAAAAGCUAACAUAAAGGCUAACAGACGGGCUAACAGACGGGCUAACAGACAGGCUAACAUUCAGGCUAACAGACGGGCUAACAGACAGGCUAACAGACGGGCUAACAGAUGGGCUAACAGACGGACUAACAUACAGGAUAACAGACGGGCUAACAUUCAGGCUAACAGACGGGCUAACAGACAGGCUAACAUUCAGGCUAACACAUGGGCUAACAGACGGACUAACAGACAGGCUAACAUUCAGGCUAACAGACGGGCUAACAUAAAAGCUAACAUAAAAGCUAACAGACGGGCUAACAGACGGGCUAACAGACGGGCUAACAUAAAGGCUAACAGACGGGCUGACAGACGGGCUGACAGACGGGCUAACAUUCAGGCUAACAGACGGGCUAACAGACGGCUGACAGACGGGCUAACAGACAGGCUAACAUUCAGGCUAACAGACGCGCUAACAGAUGGGCUAACAUAAAAGCUAACAUAAAGGCUAACAGACAGGCUAACAGACAGGCUAACAGACGGGCUAACAGUAUGUUAACAGACGUGUCUGUAGAGAGAACAGCAGUACCGACCUGCAGCUGACAUCACAGCUGACCAUCUGACGCUCUCGCUCUCCUGACGGCUUUAAGUCUGUCUGCUGGUGUUAGCAUGUUAGCAUGUUAGCAUGUAUCAGGAGAAUCAUCCUCCGACCAGACGGACACCUGCCUGCCCGCCCGCCCGCCUGCCUCUCUUCUCUCUCGGCUCUUUCUUUCUCGGCGCACCGGACCACCACACCGGGACUCUCGGCUUCUGUACGCCGCUCAGAGCGCACGGAGGGCGCCUGGAGGACAGAGGAAGGGUCGGUGUGAAGCCUGGAUGUAUUGACUGAUUGGAUGGAUGCAGGGUCUCGUGUCUCACCUUGAUAGGAGAGUUCAGCCUGCGAUGCCUGACCCCUGACCUCUGACCCCUCUGAGAGACACCUCUGAGGAGGAGGAGGAGGAGGAGGAGGAGCGACCAGCGGAGCGACGAGGAGGGAUGGAGGGAGGAGAGGAGGAGAGCCCAGGAGAGGAGGCUAAAACCUCCUCCAAACUAGGGAGAGCCUCGCCGAGAGGAGGAGGAGGAGCAGGAGGAGGAGGAGCAGACGCCUGCAGACAAAAUGGCCUCAUCAACACCCACAGGCUGGGGGCGGAGCCUCGGGAGGCGCUGCUGUUGUUGUACUCAGCUCCUCAGUAUCAGGGUCAUGUGGUGGUGAACGCCCCCCCUCAGCAGGAGAGGAGCAGUGGAGGAGGAGGUGGGGGUCCUCCUCAGCUCCUGAACCCCAGCGCUCUCCUCCCCCACCAGGCGGUGUCGGACCCCCGCCUCAGGCCGACCCCCGGCCUCCUCCUCUGCCCAGAGAGCGUCCUGCGGGCGUGGGGGGAGGCAGGGGGAGGCGACUGCUGUGAGACCACCUUCAUCGAGGGCCUCGGUCCUGACGCCUCCUCCUCGGCUGCUGCCUCCUCCUCCUCCUCCACAAAGGAGGCGCUGCUGUUUGCUGAUGGGAAGUUUCUGGACUUUUCCGGAGAGGACGCAAAGAUUCACACGCUGUCGUACGACAUCGACGAUGACGACGAGUUCCAGGAGCUCGAGAGUGAUUACUCCAGCGAAUCAGAGAGCGAGGAUACCUUCCUACUGAUGCCUCCCAGAGAUCACCUGGGCCUCAGUGUCUUCUCCAUGCUCUGCUGCUUCUGGCCGCUCGGCAUCGCCGCCUUCUACCUGUCGCACGAGACCAAUAAGGCGGUGUCUAAAGGAGACUUCCACCUGGCGAGCUCCAGUUCGAGGCGGGCUCUCUUCCUGGCCGUGCUGUCAAUCACCAUUGGGACAGGUAUCUAUGUCGGCGUGGCCGUGGCCCUCAUCGCCUACCUCUCCAAGAACCACCACUGGUAGCCCCGUCGUCAGGGAGGGAAAUUACCCAUCAGACACCGGGAGUUUGUUUGGGAUGUUCAUCUUCACCUGGAGUCCGGCUCUCAGGUGGGCGUUUCCUCAUCAGGUCGGCCUGCGGCGAUGAGCUGGAGGAAGACUUCCUGUUUGCAGACGCCGGCGGCGUCCGUUCACUCGUCUGAAUCAACCUGGACGGGUCGACCGUUUGUCAGGUGACGGGAACCUGAAACCUUUAAACCAAUCAGAUCCCAGGAUCUCUGUGAGGAGCUGUGGGAAGCGCCAUCAGUUUGCUCUUCUGUCUCUGGUGGGAUCACAGUUUGUUUUAAAGGACAGUUCCAGUGUGAUUUAUCUUUCAUUUUGAUUUUUACAUGAAUUUGACGUUAAUCCGGCAAACUAUUUCACAACUUUUUAUGUCGUUUAUCAAAAUUUGACCUCGUACCAGACAAAAAGGUGCAACUGUAAAAACGCCUUGAAAUAAUCUCCUCUAUCCAGAGUAAUCGUCUCUUAAGUUUUGUGACAUUAGUUUGAGAGACGGGUCAUUUUUUAGGUGAACUGUGUGAUUUUCUUCUCGAUUGUUUCUUGAAAAUUUAGACGAUGAUCGAGACGGCUUCAGAAACGAGUUGCAAAGCAAGAACUUUCAAAACAAUUCAAUAGAAAUAUACAACAAAAAAUCUGUUUAACAUUGAUUUCUUUUUGUUUAAAUGAUAUUCAUGAGAAGUUAAAAACUUAUAUACAUGUCAAAACAAUCAUAUAUCAAUAAAAAUGUACCAAACGAUGCA